AUCUAGUUGUAGGUGGGAGAUUUGUUAAGAGGAACCGAGGAUGCCAGUUUCCUCUGGUGAAGUAACUAGGUUCGAAAUGAUUUCUUUUUCUUGUGUAACUGUUUUGAAAUCAUGACGUUGCUAGGAAAUUAUGCAUAUGUUAAUUAUUGAAGUAAAAUAAUAUGCUUUAAAAAGUACUAAGAAACACAGUAAAGGGUUAUAAACUUUGACAGUGCUGCUGGACAGAUCUUUAUUUUAUUUUAUUUUAUUUUAUUUAUUCAUGAGAGCCAGAGAGACACAGGCAGAGGAAGAAGCAGGCUUCCCGCAGGGAGCCUGAUGGGGGACUCGAUGCCAGGACUCUGGGAUCACGACCUGAGCCAAAGGCAGACACUCAGCGACUAGCCACGCAGUAUUAUCAUGAACCAGCCAUUUUGAAUUCAUCGUCUCUUCGACAAGUUGCAGAAGGCACUAAUAUUUCUGAAAUGUGGGAAAACGACUUACGACCGUUGCUUAUAGAGCGAUACCCGGGAUCUCCUGGAAGCUAUGCUGCUCGCCAGCACAUCAUGCAGAGAAUUCAGAGACUUCAAGCCGACUGGGUCUUGGAAGUAGACACCUUCUUGAGUCAGACACCCUAUGGAUACCGGUCUUUCUCAAAUAUCAUCAGCACCCUCAAUCCCACUGCUAAACGACACUUGGUCCUCGCCUGUCACUACGACUCCAAGUAUUUUCACCCUUGGGACAACAGGGUGUUUGUGGGAGCCACUGAUUCAGCCGUGCCAUGUGCAAUGUUGUUGGAACUUGCCCGUGCCUUAGACAAGCAACUCCUUUCCUUAGAGAAAAUUCCAGACUCCAAGCCAGAUCUCUCACUCCAGCUAAUUUUCUUUGAUGGGGAAGAGGCUCUUCUUCAUUGGUCUCUUCAUGAUUCUCUGUAUGGAUCUCGGCACUUAGCUCCCAAGAUGGCAUCAACACCACACCCACCUGGAUCGAAAGACACCAACCAACUGCACGGCAUGGAUUUAUUGGUCUUGUUGGAUUUAAUUGGAGCACCCAACCCAACAUUUCCCAAUUUUUUUCCAAAAUCUGCCAGAUGGUUUAAUAGACUUGAAGCGAUUGAACAAGAACUCCACAAAUUAGGUUUACUCAAGGAUCACUCUUUGGAGAGGUGCUAUUUCCAGAAUCAUAGUUAUGGAGGAGUGAUUCAGGAUGACCAUAUUCCAUUUUUAAGAAGAGGUGUUCCAGUUUUACAUCUGAUCCCAUCUCCUUUCCCUGAAGUCUGGCACACUAUGGAUGACAAUGAAGAAAAUUUGGACGAAACAACCAUUGACAAUCUAAACAAAAUCCUACAAGCCUUUGUGUUAGAGUAUCUUCAUUUGUAAUAUUCUGUCUUAGUUUGUGGUAAUUGUAUCUAGUUUCACAUUCAGAAGUCAAGGCACAACUUAAACUCACUCCGGACAAAUGCCAUGUGAAACCUGUAUCCUAUAGAUUCAUUCUGUGUCUUUGAAUAUAUGAUCAAUAAAUCCUAGAUUUACAUCAUG